CACGAUCGGUUCUUGUGCGCAAUGGAAAUAUUUCUUCGACUAAUCUUGAUCGUAGUAAAGGCGAUAGCUUUCAUCAUAUCACCGAUUCUGGACGCAUUCGUUUAUCCUCGAAAAUCCGACAAUACGCUCAUACCGCCGAUCAGGAAUCGCCUGCUCACCCUGAGUGUGCAGGAGCUGCGCAGUCGCCUUCGAUCCCGCCAGUUGACUUCUCUGGAAUUGGUGCGCACUUAUAUCGAACGAAUCGAAGCUGUUAAUAAACAAUUAAACGCACUGGUGGAAUCUCGGUUUUCGGCUGCUCUGGAGGAAGCUACUGAAACCGAUGACCUCAUAGCCAGUUGCGCAUCUACAGCGGAUGUGGAGAAACUCUUUGAAGAACGUCCACUACUGGGACUUCCCGUGACCAUUAAAGAAUCAUGUGCCCUCGAGGGCAUGACCUUUGCCGUGGGCAGUCUGUCCAGAAAGAAUAUCAAAGCCCAAGCUGAUGGUGAAGCAGUGAAGCGAUUGAGGUCUGCUGGGGCUAUUCCUCUACUGAUCUCGGCCACCCCGGAAUAUUGUUUUAGCAUCGAGACGGACACCUUGCUGAAUAACCGAUGCCUGAAUCCCUAUGAUUUUGAGCGGACUCCGGGUGGAAGUUCUGGUGGAGAAGGUUCUUUAAAUGGAGCUGGUGCCUCUCUUUUUGGAAUUGGAUCAGAUAUUGGCGGUUCCAUUCGCAUUCCCAGCUUGUAUUGCGGAGUUUUCGGACAUAAACCAAGUGGAGGAGUGGUUUCCGUGAAGGGGCACUUCCCCAACUCAAAAGAUCCAAAUAUCGAACACUAUCUGGUGGAGGGACCCAUAACCCGGUUUGCUGGAGAUCUAUCCGAAUUACUCCAAGUGAUGGCAGGCAAAGAAAAUUCAGUAAAACUGCGAUUGAACGAACCCGUCGAACUGAAUCGGAUUAAGGUGCAGUAUGCGCUGGGCUUUGAAGGUAUCAACGGAUGGAUGCAUCAGUCUGUGGAUAGGGAUAUCCAAGAUGCAAUUUGCAGAGCUGCAACGCAUUUAAAGACCCUCGGCUUAGAUGUGAACAAAGCCAAACUACCCAAUCUCGAGAAUUCAAUGGAGAUGGCAUUAGCUGGAAUCGCCGCUCAGGAUUUAAUGGAUUAUCUAAUAGAGGAUGAAAUUGCAGAGGGUUCGUGCAAGGUCCGUGAGACUCUGUGGGAGAUUGUGAAAAGCGUACGAGGUUACUCGAAAUAUACAACCAACGCCCUUAUAUUUGAACUUAUGCGACGCACCGGUGCCUUUAUGUCGCAAUCAAAGUUGCAUUUGUAUCUGGAGGAAGCAAGGGGUCUGAUCGGGGAGUUCGCGAAUUUACUUGGAGAUAACGGAGUGCUGCUCUUCCCCACGUUGAAUUUGCCUGCUCCGAGGCACAAGUGGUCGAUCCUAUCACUCUGGGGCGUCGAUUAUACCCUGAUAUUCAACGUACUCGGUCUGCCCGUCACCCAUGUGCCAAUGGGUGUAAAUGAACGUGGACUCCCCGUGGGACUUUCCGUGAUUGGGGCUCCAAAUCAGGAUAGACUGUGCCUUCGUGUGGCCGUGGAAUUGGAGAGAGCCUUCGGAGGAUGGAAGCCCCCAGUACCUCACAAUCUUGGCAACUAAUCUUAACUACAUACGGAUUUAUUAACAACUGGAUGAUCUGCAAACCUCAGGAUUACUAAGAUCUGUUUUCAUGUAAUAUAAAUGUAUUUUUAAACAAAUUUGACUUCAUGCUAACCGUUACAGUACAGUUUUUAAGAGUUAAUAAAUGUUAUGGGUACAUAUUUAGCCAA